AUGGCCUUUUUCGGCUUCGACACAGUGAAGACGGAGCGUGGCACCAAGCGCACUCACGAAGAUGAAACCCCUGCGGAGCGGGCCGAGCAGGAGAAGAUCCGCCGUGCUAUACUGGCAGGGUCAGAGCGCCGCGCCGCCGCCGCAAAAUCUACGCCUAGGCCACAAGCCGUUCCGGUACAGGCGCCUGUCCCGAAGAAGCGGGAGGAGUGGCCAAAGUUGCCGCCCUUCGUGCUCAACGGCGAGGUCCCGCGCGGCGAGAAGAAGCAGGUCUGCAACACCUACAAUCUGGCCACGAGCCAGCCGCAAGCAGUGGUGAUGCAGAGGCACACCUUCCUUUUGGCGAUUUUAACGCACGAUAUCAAAGUCUCUGUUUGUCGCACGGAGGACCGACAGCCUGCCUGA